AGGAGGCCACGGGGCUCUUGCUCCAGGCCCCCUCGCUGGCCCGGCUCUCGGGGCCCGGCCGCACGAGCCAUGCGCAGCUGACCAGCCCCCCUCCCCCAGGACAGACGGACGAGCACCGGGCAUGGCCCCCCCCGUGGCCUUCGCGUGGCUCUGCCUCUGCUGGGGCCUGGUGGCCAGGCAGGCGGGGGGCAUGAACUACCCCCCCAGGUACAGCCUGUACACCGCGGCCGCCCUGCCCUUCACGCAGCUCCAGGGCACCUCGCAGGCACCCAAUGGCGCACGGGUGGCCAGCCGCCACAGGAACUGGUGCGCCUACGUGGUAACGCGCAGCGUGAGCUGUGUGGUGGAGGAUGGCGUCAGCACCUACGUGAAGCCGGACUACCAGCCAUGUGUCUGGGGGCAACUCCAGUGCCCCCAUGUCAUCACGUACCGGAGUUUUGUGCGCCCGCGCUACAAGGUGGCCCACAAGACAGUGUCGGACAUGGAGUGGCGCUGCUGCCCUGGCUUCUCAGGUGACGACUGUGCUGAAGGGGGCGUGGCGCUGACCACCACCCGGCCACGACCUCAGCCGGCCCGCCCCAACCUGUCCGGCUUUAGCAACACGCUCAGCGGCCUUGGCGGAGAAGGGUCGAGGGACGCGGAGAAGGUGCAGCAGCUGGAAGAGCAGGUGCAGAGCCUGAGCAAGCAGCUGCACGAGCUGCAGUCCUCCACGCGCGCCAGCCACGCCAAGCUCACCGAGGACGUGCGCCGCGCCGUCGAGGCCUCCCUGAACGGCAAGCAGCCCGCGGACGCCGCCGCCAACCCGGAGAUGAAGGAGACCCUCAGCGAGAUCCAGCGCCACCUGGAGCGCCUCGACAACCGCAUCUCCAGCCAGGAGAACGGCGGCGGGCAGGGCGCGGGCGGCGGCGGCGUCGCGGGGGGCGACGUCCGCGGCGAGGUGCUGCGCGAGGUGGAGCGGCGCUUGCAGGGCUCGUGCGCCUCCUGCUUGGCCGGGGUGGACGGGCUGCGGCAGCAGCAGGCCGAGGAGCGCGACCGCCUGCGGGCCCUCGAGAAGCUGGUGGCCACGGCGGGCCAGCGGACCCGCGACGCCGUGGACGCCCUGCAGCAGCACGUGAGCCGCCUGGCCGCCGAGCAGCCGGGCCGGGACUGCUGCCCGCAGCUGGAGAGCCGCGUGGCCGCGCUGGAGCGCCGCCUGGACGCCGUGGCGGGCGCCGUGGCGCAGCUGCACGAGCAUCCGCCCUGGGGCGGCCGGGAGGCGCCCUCGCUGCCGCCGCCCUCCUCCUCCUCGCCCCUGGACCGGCGCAUGGCGGAGAUGGAGAGCCGCGUGAACACCACGCAGCGCAGCCUGGAGGAGCACCUGGCGGACCUGCAGGUCAUGCUGGACGGCGCCGACGGGCGGCUGCGCCGGGCCGAGGGGCAGCUCGACUUCGCCUUCUCCCGCCUCAACGACUUCCAGAGCCAGGUGCACCGCGCGCUGGCCAACCUGUCGCGGGACGUGGGCGGCCUCAAGGACAGCAGCCUGCAGCAGCAGGGCGCGCUGGAGCGGGUGCGCGGGGCCGUGCACGCCUGCACGCAGGUCUGCAGCCCGCCCGGCGGCGGCGGCGGCGGCGGCAACCAGCACUCGCGGAUCAGCGCCAUCCUGAGCGACCUGGAGCGGCGCGUGCUCGACAACGAGGGCCAGCUGCGCCUGCUGGGCUCCAGCCUCCACCAGCUCGACGUGUCCGGGAAGCUGCGUGGCCUGCACGGCCUGGUGGGCGCCCACGGCGAAGCCCUGAGCAAGCUGGCCGGGGACGUGGGCGAGCUGGAGAACCGGCUGGCGGGCCUCUCGGCCAGCGCGGGGCCGCCGGAGCUGCAGGCCAACCGCACCCGCCAGCGCCUGGAGAGGCUGGAGCACGCCCUCGACGGCCUGGCGCGGCAGCCGCCCUGCCGGCAGGCCUGCGCCGACCUGCGGGCGGAGGUCGCGGGGCUGCGGGAGCAGGUGGAGGCCUGCGCCGCCGGCUGCGCGCCAGGAGGCAGCAGGAGGCUGCCGGGGCUGGCCGGGGCCGAGGCCGAGGGGGAGGCGGGCAAGCAGCCCCUGGACGGCUUCAGCGUGAUCGGGGGCAGCUCCAGCGUGCACCUGCAGUCGCUGCAGGGCGAGCUCUCCGAGGUGAUCCUGGGCUUCAGCUCGCUCAACGAGACGCUGGCCGGCCUGCAGGCCCGCGUGGAGAAGCACCAGACGGACCUGCGCCAGCUGGGCGUCACCAAGGACCGCAUCAUCUCCGAGAUCAACAGCGUGCAGCGGGAGGUGGCGGAGCACGUGAACCACAGCGAGGAGCGCUUCCAGGGCCUGGGCCGCGACAUCCAGCACUUCGGCGGCGCGCUGCGCGUCGAGGCCGCCGACUGCCGGCGGGCCUCCGGGGGCCUGGGCGAGCGCCUGGCCAAGCUGGAGGGCGCCUGCGAGCGGCUCGACCGCGUGGCCGGCAGCCUGCGCAAGAUCAAGGAGGGGCUGGACAAGCACGUCUCGGCCCUCUGGGGCUGCCUGCGCGACGUGAACGGCACGCUGCGCGACCACGGCGCCCUGCUGGACAAGAUCCAGGGCAGCCAGCUCGGCACGCUGCACGGCCGCCUCAACACCCUCAACGGCUCGCUGCGCGGCCUGCAGGACCAGCUGCAGCGCCUCGGGCUGCAGGACUUCACAGGGCCUCCAGGACUCCCAGGCCGAGCAGGCCCAAUGGGGCGGCCGGGGCUCCCAGGCCCCGUGGGGCCCCCUGGCAAGGACGGAAGGACGGGUUCUGUGGGUCCCCCAGGUCUCCCUGGAGAGCAAGGGUUGCCAGGUCCAGCUGGAACGAUGCCCAAAGUCUCCUUUGCAGCAGCGCUGACAGCAGUGUGGCACGUGGAGACGGGCACCAUCGCCUUCGACCGGGUGCUGGUGAAUGACGGCAAUUGCUAUGACCCAGACUCAGGGAUCUUCACGGCGCCUGUCUCUGGCCGCUACCUGGUCAGCGCCAUCCUGACCGGGCACAGGGGUGAGAAGAUUGAGGCCGUGCUGUCCCGCUCCAACCAGGCCAUCGCCCGCAGUGACUCCGCCGGGUACCAGCCCGAAGGCCUGGAGAACACGCCUGUGGCUGAGCGCCAGCCCAGCGCCGGGGCCCUGGCUGUCUUCACCCUUGUUGUGCCCAUGGAUGCUGAGGAGACCCUCUGUGUGGACCUGGUGUCUGGCCGGCUGGCCCAUUCUCCGGACGAGCCCCUGACAGUCUUCAGCGCAGCCCUGCUCUAUGAGCAGGGGUUUGGGGUCUAGGUGGGGGUCGCUGGGCCGGGAUUGGAGGCAGGUGGAAGCCAGCCCCCAGCCCAGCCUGGUCAGGGAGGACCAAGGGACCCACCUUUCAGCCCAGCCCAGCCCCCGCCCUCCCCUUCUGAGCUGCUGCUGCUGCUGCCGCUGCUGCCGCCACUACACAUCUGGUGCUUCUGCCACCCCAGCGUUUAGGCUGACAGCUGAGCUCAGGAGGGCAUGAGUGGGGAGGGGUCCGUGCCGCGCCGGAUGCUCCCACCCUGCUCGGUGCUCUUGCUGGCAACACCUGCCCCUUUCUGCCAGCCUCAACGCUCUGCCUCCCGGGCCCUGGGGUAAAAGGGGUUGGGGGAGGGGGUGCAGCUGUCCAGAUCAAUGGAAUGCAUCAGCUAGGAGCCAUUCCAGACCUGAAGGGAAGGGGAGAGAGUAUUUUUGUUUGUUAUUUAUCUGUGUCUGUCCUACCCCAGAGAAAGUACUUUUUCUUCCCUCCCCCCCUCCCCCCGUCACCACCACCAUCCGCCACCUCACUGCACCACAAUGACCCGUCUUUGUGCCUUGCUCACGCUUUGUCACACUGGGGCUGCCUCAUCUAGCCUUGCCCACUGCAGAGCUGCUGACCAGCCAUGACAGGCCUGCCCCA